AUGGCGGAGGUGCCGCAGGGACACGCGCUCGGCAGCGGCCUGGAGGCCGACGACGGCCGCCCGGAGACGCCACCCUCGCCGCCGUCGCCGCCCUCGCCGCCGUCGCCCGCGGCCCCGGAGUCCCCCGCGCUCCCCGAGCCCGCGCAGCCGUCCGAGGCGUACGCGCGCCAGCUGCUGCUGGAGGAGUGGGGGCCGCCGGGCGGGAGCCUGCAGGUGCCCGCGCGCCUCAGCUGGAGGCUGAUCUUGCUGCGCCGGCCGCUCUACCGCAACCUGCUGCGCUCGCCCAACCCCGAAGGCAUCAACAUUUAUGAGCCAGCACCUGCUACUGGUCCCACCCAGCAACCCCUGGAGACUCUCGGCAAUUUCAGAGGGUGGUUUAUUAGAACGGAAAAGCUCCAGUCAAACCUCAGCUGGACAGUGAAGCAACAGUGUGUGGACCUCCUGGCUGAGGGCCUGUGGGAGGAGCUACUGGAUGACGAGCAGCCAGACAUCACCGUCAUGGACUGGUAUGAGGACAGUUGCCUGGACUCGUGUGUCUAUGAGCUGCACGUCUGGCUGCUGGCUGCUGACCGCCACACGGUCAUCGCGCAGCACCACGCAGCCCCCCGGGCCUCUGGGAGAGGUCCCCCCGGCCGCUGGGUCCAGGUGUCCCACGUGUUCCGUCAGUAUGGCCCUGGCGUGCGCUUCGUCCAUUUCAUGCACAAAACCAAGAACCGGAUGGAGGCUGGUGGGCUGCGGAGGACAAGGGUGACUGACUCCUCCGUGUCUGUGCAGCUGAAGGAGUGA